AUGGCUAUGGAUUACCCGCAAUCGUUAUUCAAGCGCACAUCGCUGUUCCGCCGCUUCUCGAAGCAGGGCCGGAAAGCGCAGAACGACGCUGUAUAUCCGCCGAACAGCGAGACAUUCCGCCCUCCACGACGAGACUCGACGCUCCAGCUACGCACCCCGCCGCAAACCCCGUCAUCAUCCUCGUCGUCGCAGCACCAACGACAACACAGCAACAGCAGUAGUCCCGCCGCCACCGCCGCCGCCGCCAAACCCGACCUAAUAACCCACAUCCACCGCAUCGACCUACCCCGCCACCCCAGCAGCAGCAACACACCCACCCACACCUCGCCCACCUACCGCACCCCCCGCGUCUCCCCAACCGCGCUCCCCACCCUCCCCUUCCCCACAACGCAAUCCCGCACCAUCCACACAAAACCCUGGAACGUCUUCCUCCCGCCCACGCACAUCUUCGCGCUGUACCUCGGCGCCCUGCCCACAGAUACGUGCGACAAGUGGUUCGUGUACUCUGAGGGGCCUGAUGCGGCGGGGAAGCUCAAAGUGCAUUUCCAUCAGCGGUGGACGGGGGUGAAGGUCGCGGAGCUGUUUGUUGUGGUUGAUUUGCGGGGCGAGGGCGCGGGGAAGGUUGUCGGGAUUAAGUGGGAUGGGGGGGAGGGGAUGAAUUGUAUGGGGGUUGGGGAGGCGAGGUAUCUUGUGAGGGGGUGUUGUCGGUGGGCGUUGGGGAUUGAGGUUGAGGAGGGGUGUUGA